UUCCCUUUAUAUAACAGCAAGUCAGCAACCCACCACUAAGCAUUAUCUCAAAGCAAUCUUGAAGAAGAAAAACAACAAUCUUGGAAAAGGAAGAAAAAUUUGCAAAGGUCUAAUUUUCAAGAAUCAUUUUGUGAAAGAUGGACUGUGUUUUGGCUCAUGAAAAAGAUCUGAAUCUCAAGGCAACUGAGCUUAGAUUGGGUUUACCAGGGUCAGAAAUGGAAAUUGUGUCAAAAUCUAAGAAUAACAAGAGGGCUUUACCUGAGGAUGAAGAUUGUGAAUCAAACUCAAUUUCAGCCAAAACCCCACCUGUUGCCAAGGCACAAAUUGUGGGGUGGCCACCAGUGAGAUCUAACAGGAAAAAUAACUUCCCACAAAAGAAGACAGAAACUGAAUCUGGGAUGUAUGUAAAAGUUAGCAUGGAUGGAGCACCUUAUCUUAGAAAAAUUGAUUUGAAAAUGUAUCAGGGUUAUAAAGAACUCCUUCAGGCAUUGGAGAAGAUGUUCAAGCUAACCAUAGGUGAAUAUUCAGAAAGAGAAGGUUAUAAAGGGUCUGAAUUUGCACCUGCUUAUGAAGAUAAAGAUGGUGACUUGAUGCUUGUUGGAGAUGUUCCUUUUGAAAUGUUCUUAUCAUCAUGUAAGAGGCUAAGGAUAAUGAAAGGAUCAGAAGCAAGAGGCUUAGGAUGUGGAGUUUGAGAAGAACAAUCCAUGUUUGGAGCUUUUUUUUUUUUUAUGACAGGGCUAGAAGACGAUGAAUUCUCUCUUUAGCGGGAAAUUAAAGGGAGUUUUUUUCAGCUUGGGUUCUCGAGUUACAAGAACCUGGAAAUUGAAUAUUUUGAAAUCCACUUGUUGUAAUCAAACAGUUUUCAUUUCUCUGGAUUUCCAACUGGGAAGUGCAAACAGACUAAAGAAAAGACUUGCCAUUUGCAGUUUUGUUUCUAAGAGUAAAAUGAUACUCUUCUAUAUGUUGCAGGAUUAAACCAUGGUGGUUUUUAUAGAUCCUGCAGUGUUAUUUUCCUCUAACCUUUUUUUUUGGAUUAUAGCAGAAAACAUAGUAGUACAAAUGAACAAUGUAUUUGCUCUGGAAGCAAUUGUACAGACAUAGUAUUUCUGCUUCUCAAAUAAAAUCUUGGAUCUGAGUUGUUUCCUUGA